CUAUAACGAUGGAUGUACAAAUCUAUCACCGACGAGCGAAGCCGCUUUGUUCUCUGUCACUCCGCCGCAAAAGAAAUGGCAGAAGCAGAAGAGACGAUGAUGGAAUUGGCAGCCGUACAAGCUGUAUAUGGAGAAGAUUGCGUGAUUCUUAAUUCAUAUCCGCCUCAUCUUCACCUUCAUAUCAAGCCUCGAACAGCUAAUGUAUCUUCUCAGCAGUUUGUGGAAGCAGUUAUCGGCAUACGAGCAGGCCCCAAGUAUCCCGACGAAGCACCUUCUAUUGAUCUGAUAGAAUCCAAAGGUCUUGACCAACAAAGGCAGAAAGACUUGAUAAGCAGUAUACAAGACAAAGGAUGUGAACUCUCCUCCGAUUUGAUGCUUGUUGCACUCUGUGAGGAAUCGGUGGAGAAGCUUUCAUCAAUGAAUCACCCUGAUGGAAACUGUCCAUUGUGUUUGUAUCCUUUGGUCCCCAAAGAUGAGAAUGAUGAAGUCUUGCCAUUUAUGAAGUUGAUGUCUUGUUUCCAUUGCUUUCAUGGUGAGUGCAUUGUUCACUGGUGGAAUUGGCUCCAAAAGGAGAAAGAAGACAAUGCAUCAUGUGGAGACACCUUGCACCCUAUAAGAGUCAUGAGAAAUGAAAGAGCAUUGGAAGAAAACAUAGGAAACUGUCCAGUUUGCCGUAAAGUUUUUCAUGCCAAAGAUCUUGAACAUGUGCUUAAUUUGGUUGGUAGUCAAUCCUCACAACUGAGAAUUUCUGAUGUUUCUGAAGUUGAUGACAAUGACAAGCUCCUUCAGUCUGAUUCUGAGAACAUGAGAAAACAGAAAUUCGAGGCCAUACAAAAAUUGCAGCAAGAAAGAAAUGGUCUAAUUGAACCUAAAAAAGAACUAGUUGUUUUGCCUGGUAUGUUUCUUUCACAACCAGCCCCAUCGUACACUGCAACAACAACCAAAGAAACCACUGAGCAAGAACUAAGAGAGCCACCACUGCAAGAACCAGCAGAACUGCCUGCCCCUUUGGAAAGAAACCGUACGGGUGCCUCAAAUAGGCCUGGUACUAGUAGGCAAUGGAAUUCAGGCAUGAGGAAACCAAGAGCAAGUAAUCCUAGAAAGCAGGUAAGACAGUGGGUUAGAAAAGAUAAUAGUACUACAGAUUAAUCAUUUUACAUUUUGAUUUUAGUAUUUUGGAUAUCAAAUUAUUAAAAAUGAAAAAAACAAUACAGAAAAAUUAUUUCAAACAGAACCAGAGAGAAAGAAAAAAUAGGAAAGCAAAUGUUUAUGGCGUAUUCUCAGCUUGAACUUGAAGUUAUGAAUACCAAAGUUUGAAACGCAAACAAAAGAUUGAAGAGGAGAAUGAGAUGAACUAGGAUGAAUUGUCUAUGUUAGGUGGAAGGGGCUAUUCUUUAUGUGAACUUGUACGUUAUUUUAAACUUUAAGCUUAAUGUAGAGUUGUAACAGUAUCAUUUAUGAGUUUUACUUUGUUUUUCCUUGUUUCCA